AUGAAGUACGCGGGACUAAAUAUCAUCGUGUGCCUCGGACUGCUGCUACUCGCAGAUGAUUCGAGUGUCCGAGGAAACCUCUUCUCCCCAAUAGUGGGCACAAUUGCAAACAUUCUAGUUCCAGCCACUACGGACGAUCCAAACUACCUUUGGACAAUGGAUACAAAGACGGAAAUGUAUUUCACCGCUGAAGCUAGUAGCCAACCGACAAUAGACAGUACUACAGAGACCUCUGCUGUAACUAUGACGUCUAACCGACCAACUGCAACUGGCCGGACAUCGACACCAGGAACUGGUGCUACUAGCUCUGUGGACUCGACCACCAGCUGGUUAAUUCUCAGCAGCGGCAGCCCUGUGAUGGAGACCAGUAGCCAGUUAGUAUCCAGCAGUAAAAUGGAGCUCUCAACUGGGCCUACCAGCCAAUCAGUGCACAGCAGUAAUAACACUGUGACUCUCCCCAGCACUGAGACCAGUAGCCAAAUAGAAAUCACCAGUGACAAAGAGGCUACUUCCAGUACGUUGGAAAGCAGCCAACCAUUACACACCAGCAGUAGUCCUGUGACCCUUCCCAGCACUGAGACCACUAACAAAAUGGAAACUACCAGUGAAACAGUGACCUCUGGAACUAAUGGACCAACCAGCCAACCACAACACAACUACAGUAGCCAAGUGACACUUCCCAGCACUGGGACCAGUAGCCAAGAGGAAACAACAACUAGCACUGUAAACAUUUCCACUAAUGGCCCAACUAGCCAACCAGAAAACCACAGCAGCAGCCAUGUGACUCUUCCCAGUUUCACAAUGGGUAUCCAAUCAGAAUCAACUGGUAAUACAGAGUCAUCAUUCAGUAAUGAACCAACCAGUCAGCCAAUAACCAACAACAGUAGCCCUGUGACUCUUCCCAGCAUUGGAACCAGUAGCCAAACAGAAUUCAUUAGUAACACAGUGACAUUUUCAAGUACUGAGACAACAAGCAAGACAAUACACAGUAGCUCUGUGACUCUUCCCAGUAGUCAAGAGGAAACAAGUAGCAUAGUGACCUCUGUCCCCAUGGAGCCAACCACCAGCAGUGAAAUGGAAACCACCGGUAACACAGAAUCCUCUUCCAGUAAUGGGCCAACCAGCCAAUCAGUAAAUGACAACAGUACCCCUGUCAGUCACACUGAAACCAAUAGCCAAACAAUAUUAACCAGCAACACAUUGACUUCUUCGAGUAUGCAGCCAACCGGUCCACCAGAAAACCACAGUACUAGCCCUGUGACUCCUCCAAGGACUGAGACCAGCAGCCAACAAGAAUCAUCAAGUAACACAUUGACCUCUUCCAUCACUUGGUCAGCCAGCCAAUCAGUACAAGACAGCAGUAGCCCUGUUACUGUUCCUGGGAUUGACACUAGUAGCCAACAAGAUUCUGCCAUUGGCACACUAUCCACUUCUUCCACUGAACCUACCACCCAGCCAAUACAAAACAGCAGUAGUAUGGUGACUCUUCCUAUCACUACGACCAGUAGUCAAAUGGAAACCACUAAUGAUGCAGUGAUCUCUCACACUACUGGAUCAACCAGCCAACCACAACACAACAGCAGUAGUCCUGUGACGCUGCCCAGCACUAAGGCAACUAGCAAAAUGGAAACCACCAGUGACACAGUGAGCUCUGUAAUUACUAAACCAACUAGUCUUCCCAGCUCUGAAAACAGUAGCCAAAUGGAAACUACCAGCGAAACAGUGACCUCUGGAACUACUGGACCAACCAGCCAACCAGAACACAACAACAGCAGCCCUGUCACACUUCCCAGCACUGGGACCAGUAGCCAAGAGGAAACAACAACUAGCACAGUAAACAUUUCCACUAAUGGGCCAACUAGCCAGCCAGAAAACCACAGCAGCAGCCAUGUGACUCUUCCCAGUACCAAGACGAGUUUCCAAUCAGAAUCUACCAGUAACACAGGGUCCUCAUCCAGUAAUGAACCAACCAGUCAGCCAAUAAACAACAGUAGCCUUGUGACUCUUCCCAGCAUUGGAACCAGUAGCCAAACAGAAUUCAUUAGUAACACAGUGACAUUUUCAAGUACUGAGACAACCAGCAAGACAAUACACAGUAGUCCUGUGACUCUUCCCAGUAGUCAAGAGGAAACAAGUAGCAUAGAGACCUCUGUCCCCAUGGAGUCAACCACCACCAGCAGUACAACGAAACCCCCCAGUAACACAGAAUCCUCUUCCAAUACUGGGCCAACCAGCCAAUCAGUCAAUGACAACAGCACCCCUGUCACUCUUCACAACACUGAAACCAAUAGUCAAACAAUAUUAACCAGCAACACAUUGACUUCUUUGAGUAUGCAGUCAACCGGUCCACCAGAAAACCAAAGUACUAGCCCUGUGACUCCUCCAAGGACUGAGACCAGCAGCCAACAAGAAUCCUUAAGUAACACAUUGACCUCUUCUAUCACUUGGUCAGCCAGCCAAUCAGUACAAGACAGCAGUAGCCCUGUUACUGUUCCCAGGAUUGAGACUAGUAGCCAACAAGAAUCCACUGGUGGCACAGUAUCCUCUUCCACUGAACCUACCAGCCAGCCAAUAAAAAACAGCAGUAGUCUGGUGACUCUCCCUAGGACUACGACCAGUAGUCAAAUGGAAAUCACUAAUGAUGCAGUGAUCUCUCACAAUACUGGAUCAACCAGCCAACCACAACACAACAGCAGUAGUCCUGUGACGCUGCCCAGCACUAAGGCAACUAGUGAAAUGGAAACCACCAGUGACACAGUGAGCUCUACCAUUACUAAACUAACUAGUCUUCCCAGCUCUGAAAACAGUAGCCAAAUGGAAUCUACCAGCGAAACAGUGACCUCUGGAACUACUGGACCAACAAGCCAACCUGAACACAACACCAGCCCUGUGACUCUUCCCAGCACUGGAACUAGUAACCAAGAGGAAACAACAACUAGCACAGUAAACAUUUCCACUAAUGAGCCAACUAGCCAGACAGAAAACCACAGCAGCAGCCAUGUGACUCUUCCCAUUACCAAGACGAGUAUACAAUCAGAAUCCACCAGUAACACAGGGUCCUUAUCCACUAAUGAACCAACCAGUCAGCCAAUAAACAACGGUAGCCCUGUGACUCUUCCCAGCAUUGGAACCAGUAGCCUAACAGAAUUCAUUAGUAACACAGUGACAUUUUCAAGUACUGAGACAACCAGCAAGACAAUACACAGUAGCCCUGUGACUCUUCCCAGUAGUCAAGAGGAAACAAGUAGCAUAGUGACCUCUGUCCCCAUGGAGCCAACCACCACCAGCAGUAGUAAGGAACCUGCCAGUGACACAGAAACAUCUUCAAGUGCUGUGCCAACCAGCCAAGCAGUCAAUGACAACAGUACUCCUGUCACUUUUCACAACACUGAAACCAAUAGCCAAACAAUAUUAACCAGCAACACAGUGACUUCUCUGAGUACGCAGCCAACCGGUCCACCAGAAAACCAUAGCACUAGCCCUGUGUCUCCUCCAAGGGCUAUGACCAGCAGCCAACAAGAAUCCUCUAGUAACACAUUAACCUCUUCCAUCACUUGGUCAGUCAGCCAACCAGUACAAGACAACAGUAACCCUGUUACUAUUCCUGGGAUCGACACUAGUAGCCAACAAGAAUCCACCAGUGGCACACUAUCCUCUUCCACCUCUUCCACUGAAGCUACCAGCCAGCCAAUAAAAAACAGCAGUAGUCUGGUGACUCUUCCUAUCACUACGACCAGUAAUCAAAUGGAAAUCACUAAUGAUGCAGUGAUCUCUCACACUACUGGAUCAACCAGCCAACCACAACAAAACAGCAGUAGUCCUGUGACCCUGCCCAGUGCUAAGGCAACUAGUAAAAUGGAAACCACCAGUGACACAGUGAGCUCUGUAAUUACUAAACCAACUAGCCUCCCCAGCUCUGAAAACAGUACCCAAACAGAAACUUCCAGCGAAACAGAAACAACAACUAGCACAGUAAACAUUUCCACUAAUGAGCCAACUAGCCAGCCAGAAAACCGCAGCAGCCAUGUGACUCUUCCCAGUACCAAGACAAGUAUGCAAUCAGAAUCCACCAGUAACACAGGGUCCUCAUCCAGUAAUGAACCAACCAGUCAGCCAAUAAACAACGGUAGCCCUGUGACUAUUCCCAGCAUUGGAACCAGUAGCCAAACAGAAUUCAUUAGUAACACAGUGACAUUUUCAAGUACGGAGACAACCAGCAAGACAAUACACAGUAGCCAUGUGACUCUUCCCAGUAGUCAAGAGGAAACAAGUAGCACAGUGACCUCUGUCCCUAUGGAGCCAGCCACCAGCAGCAGAAGAACAGAACCCACCAGUAACACAGAAUCCUCUUCCAGUACUGGGCCAACCAGCCAAUCAGUAAAUGACAACAGCACCCCUGUCACUCUUCACAACACUGAAACCGAUAGCCAAACAAUAUUAACCAGCAACACAGUGACUUCUCCGAGUACGCAGCCAACUGGUCCACCAGAAAACCACAGCACUAACCCUGUGACUCCUCCAAGGACUAGCAGCCAACAAGAAUCCUCCAGUAACACAUUAACCUCUUCUAUUGGUAGGUCAGCCAGCCAACCAGUACAAGACAGCAGUAGCUCUGUUACUACUCCCAGCAUUGAGACUAGUAGGCAACAAGAAUCCACUAGUGGCACAGUAUCCUCUUCCACCUCUUCAACUGAACCUACCAGCCAGCCAAUAACAAACAGCAGUAGUCUUGUGACUCUUCCUAGCACUGAGACCAGUAAUCAAAUGGAAACCACUAAUGAUGCAGUGACCUCUCACACUACUGGAUCAACCAGCCAACCACAACACAACAGCACUAGUCCUGUGACGCUGCCCAGCACUAAGACUAGUAGUCAAGAGGAAACAAAAACUAGCACAUUGGACUUUUCCACUAUUAUGCCAACUAGCCAACCAGAAACACACAGCAGCAGCCAUGCGACUGCUCCCAAUACCAAGACGAGUAUCCAAUCAGAAUCUACCAGUAACACAGGGUUCUCAUCCAGUAAUGAACCAACCAGUCAGCCAAUAAACAGCAGUGGCUUUGUGACUUUUCCUAGCAGCAAGACCACCACCCAAAAGGAAUCUACUAUUAACAUAUUGCCUUCUUCUAGUAGUUGGCCAACCAGUCUAACUGAAAAUAGUAGCCUUGUGACUCUUCCAAGCAUUGGAACCAGUAGCCAAACAGAAUUCAUUAGUAACACAGCAAUGUUUUCCACUACUGAGGCAACUGGCCAAACAAUACACAUUAGCCGUGCGACUCUUCCCAGCUUUGAGACAAGCAGCCAAGCAGAAACAACAACUACCACAGUGACCUCCUCUAGUACUAGUUUGCCAACCAGCCAAACCGUACACAAUGCCAGUAGCCCUGUGACACUCCUCAUCACUGAGACCAGUAGCCUACAAGAAUCCACCAGUAAGACAGUGCCUGCAUUCACUACUGAAACAACUAGCCAGUCAUUGAACAAAAGUACCCCUGUGACUCCUCCAGGCAUUGGAACCAGUGACCAAACAGGAUUAAUUAGUAACACAGUGAUGUUUUCCAGUACUGAGCCAACUAGCCAGGUAAUACACAGUAGCCAUGCGACUCUUCCUAGUACUGAGACCAAGAGGCCAACAGAAACAAGUAGCACAGUCACUUCCUCCAGUACUUUGCCAACCAGCCAAUCAGUACAUAGUAGUAGUAGCCCUGUGACUCUUCCUACCACUGAGAACAGUAGCCAACAAGAAUCCACCAGUAACAUGGUGCCCUCUUUCAGUAUUGGGCCAACUAGCCAAACAGUACACAACAGCAGUAGCCCUGCAAGUUUUCCCAUGACGGGUAACCAACCAGAAUUCACUAAUAACACAGAAAUAUCUUCUAGCACUGGGCCAACCAGCCAACCAGUACACAUCAGCAGUACCCCUUUCACUGGCACAGUCACUUCCUCCAGUACUUUGCCAACCAGCCAAUCAGUAAACAACAGUACUAGCCCUGUGACUCUUCCAAUAACUGAGACAAGUAGCCAACCAGAAUCCUCCAGUAACAUGGUGCCUUUGUCCAGUACUGAACCAGCCAGCAAGCCAAUAAACAACAACAGCCAUCCUGUGACGUUCGCCAGCACAGUAACCAGUAGUAACACAGAAACCUUUUUAAGUACGGGGCCAACCAGUCAGCCAAUACACAACAGCAGUAGCCCUGUGACUCUUCCAAGGACUGAGACAAAUAGCCACAUGGAAACCACCAGUAAUGCCGUGACCUCUGCUACUACUAAACAAACCAGCCAACCAGAACACAACAGUAGCCCUGUGACUAAUCAAAGUACUGAGACCAGUAGCCAGCAACAAUCCACAAUGCCCUUAUCCAGUACUGAACCAACCAGAAAGCCAAUCAAUAGCCCUGUGACACUUCCAAGUACCAUGACCAGUAGCCAACCAGAAUCUACAGGUAAAAGAGAAACCUCUUCUAGUACUGGGCCAACUAGCCAACCAGUAAACAACAGCAGUAGCCCUGUGACUUUUUCAGGGACUGUGACCAGUAGCCAACCAGAAUCCAUCAGUAAUACAGUGUCCUUAUCCAGUACUGAAUCCGCCAGUAAGCCAAUAAAUAACAACAGUAGUCUUGUGACAUUCCCCAGUACAAUCACCAGUAGUAUCACAGAACCCACUAGUAACACAGAAACCUUUUCCAGUAUCAGGCCAACCAGCCAGCCAGUACACAACAAAAGUAGCCCUGUGACUCUUUCCAGCACAGAAACAAGCAGCCAAAUGGAAACUGAGGGCAACACCGUGACCUCUACUACUUCUAAACCAACCAACCAGGAAGAACACAACAGCAGUAGCCCUGUGACCAGCAACCAACCAGAACCCAUCAGUAAUACAAUGCCCUCAUCCAAUACUGGAUCAACCAGCCAGCCAAUAACAAACAACAGUAGACCUGUGAGUUCUCCCAGCACUGAGAUCACUAGUGGAUCCACCAUUAAUGCAGUGACCUCUUCCGGUACUCGGCCAACCAGCCAACCAGUACACAACAACAGUAGCCCUGUGACUCUUCCCAGCACAAAGACCACUAACCAAACAGAAUCCACCAGUAGCACAGUGAUGUCUGCUUCUGUUCGACCAACCACCCAACAAGAACACAUCAGCAGUCGACCUAUAACUGUUCCCAGUAACCUGACAGAAUCCACCAACAACCCAAUGACUUCUUCUAGCCCUGGACCAAGCAGCCAACAAACUCAUCUUAGCUCGGUGACUCUUCCCGGAACUGGCACCAGUAGCCGAGCAGAAUCCACCAUUAACACAGUGACCUCUUACAGUAGGUCGCCAACUAGUCAGCCAAUACACAACAGCACUAAUCCUGCCACUCAACCUAGCACUGGAACCAGCAGCCAGACAGAAACCAGUAGCCGGACAGAAUCCACCAGGCGGACAGAAUCCAUCUCCACCAGUAAUCAGCCAACUAGCCAAGAAAUAUCCCCUAGCUCCACCACUCGUCCAAUCACGGACAACAAGAGUCAGUCAACAUCUUCAAGUUCUACGAAUCCAAACACUACAGCCCACAGCGUGACCAGUGGACCAACUUCCAGUAAGUACACCGAGCACAAAGCUUGUUUAACAUACGGGCCGGCAGAGACAGACUGA